AUGUCAUUCCCUCUCUUUAAUGUAUGUGGUCCUACUAAAAUAGCUGAUAAAGAAAAAGUUUGGAAAGACAUCUCGGAUAAAAUUGGCUCUCUUAACAAUGAUAAAGUCAUAGUAGCAGGCAAUUUCAAGGCAUUACUGGAAUUGGAUGACAAGAAAGGUGGCUUGAGAAUGAACUCGAAAGUUAUGGAGGACUUUAGGGAGUUUGUGGCAAGUAACUCCUUGUUUGAUGUAAAGCCUAAGAAUGGUCUAUUCACAUGGACAAAUAGGAGAGAUAAGUUUUCCAGGAUUUUUGAAAGAAUGGGUAGAUUCCUGGUCAAGCCCCAUUGGGUGGACUCAGAACUCAACGUCGAUUCCUGCAUUCUCCCUUGGUCUCUUUCUGACCAUUUCCCGAUUCAGUUACUCUUCAUAAGAAUAGAAAAAGAAUUGGAGGAUUUGAACAAUCUGGUGAUCUCUGCAGAAAUGACAAAUGAGGACUUUGUUAGAGAAAAUUUGUUGAAAGAAGAAUUGUCGAAGACUCUCCAGAGAGAAGAGGCAUAUUGGAGAGACAAGGCGCGCGAGAAUUGGAUUAAAGCGGGGGAUUUUAAUAUAAAGUUCUUUCAUGCAUCUAUAAAAUCAAAGAGAGCUUGUAAUUGGAUAUUUCACAUUCAAGAUGACUUGGGAGAGUGGCAGGAGGAGGCGGAUAUUAUAAAAGAUCUAGCAGUUAGUCAUUUCUGA